AUGCGCAAGCCGGCUAUCGCCGGGGCCCUGCUGGCCUUUAUCACAGUCGUCGUUGCUUUACCUGUCGCAGACCAUUCGACACCGGAUAUCACUUGCCCAUCUUCCAACGGAACUACGUACACGGCCACCAACGGCGGAGACUUUGGAAUUGAAUGCUAUGUUGACCAUUUCGGAGGCGACUUGUCCCUUGCGUGGACUGACUCUUUUGCAUCCUGUUUGGACACCUGUGAUGAAACCGCUAAUUGUAUUGCUGUCUCCUAUGUUAGUGGUGCCUGCUACAUGAAAUCUGAAGCCUUCGAACCCGAGUCCAGUGACAAUGUCUGGGGCGCAGUUAAGCAGACUGACUCCGGCUCCGUCACAACUGGAUCUGUCUGUCCGUCGGCUGAUGGUAUUACCGUUACGGAAUCAGACGGCAAAUCGUUCAUCAUACAUUGCAGCACUGAUUACUUGGGCGGCGAUCUGAGUAGCCAGAUGACAAACAGCUUUGACGAUUGUUUGGCGCUUUGUGACACAACGACCGGUUGCGUUGCUCUUUCUUGGGUUGGCCCGGCUCCUGGAUGGUGCUACAUGAAGAGCCAGGUGAACCAGCCUAACUCUAACGAUGCGGUCUGGGGUGCUGUCCUAGGUACAGCGACCUCGACCAACACGGUCACUUCGACGAGUUCGACAGCUUUGAUGACUUCGACAACUUCGACAACUUCGACAACUUCGACAACUUCGACAACUUCGACGACUUCACAAGUUAACACAGCCAGUGCUUCGCCCACAGUGACUGUCACCACCGGAGUGACCUGUCCGGCUAGCAACGGCACCUCAGCCACUGAGUCGAGUGGGCAGGAGUUCCUGGUAGGGUGCUUUGUGGACUAUUUUGGUGGUGACCUCAGCAAUGCAUUGACCGAAUCCUUUGAUGCCUGUUUGGCACUUUGUGAUUCCACCACCGGCUGCGUCGGCGUCUCCUGGGUCGGGCCUGCCCCAGGCUACUGCUAUAUGAAGAGCGAUCUGACGAACGAUGUACGCACAAAUACCGCCGUUUGGGGCGCUGUGGUUUACACUCCCCCCGCAACUCCAACGACCACUGCUCUAUCUUCCAUGACCCCAACUAUAACUACUGGUCCAUCUUCUAUAACCCCGACGGUCAUCUCUGCACCAGGUCUGACGGCCAGUAGCGUGUCAGAUUCGUCUCUUGGCUACGGCGCUGUCCAAACGGUUGCGAGCGUAAUCACCCUGAGUGCGGCCCCAACGGCAACUCUCACACCGAUGGCUCCUCCCGAUGUCGACAUGACUAACCCUUCUGUGUUGAUGCCGCAGUCCGUAGGACAAGUGUGGUAUUCUGGGAGCAACGCCUCGAAUGGCUCUGGCACUGGUGUUACCGCCCCUAUAGUACGCUUGAACUUGACUCUGGCUUAUUCUUCGAUCUUGCUCGAUCAGUCUGCCUAUAUCACGGGCGUGACAUGUGUCGCCAAUUCAACGCUGACCGCGACAAUCACGGAUGCAAGCACCUACGACUACGCCAAAAGAACCUGGCCCGUCAGCUCGCCGGUCGUUCUCGUCACCGCCGCGAGCAGCUGUGGAAGUAACGGACAGAACGGCUUCUUUGUAGCGAACUCCAUCUCUUUCGAUGACUUCUCUUCCUCUGUGACAGUUACUGGGUCUCUCGAACCGAUCGCCAACGUGCUGCAGAACCUUGACAUGGACUUUGGCUCUAUCACUGUCACGGCAAGCAACUCAUCAACAACCUCAACUGACCUGGGCUGCAGUGCUCCAAAUGCCACCCAGAUUGACGGUCUUCCUGCCAUGGCCUGCGGAGCGGACUUUGAUCAAGCCCUUGAUGACUAUCUUGGAUACUAUCCCGUCGACAACGAUAACGUGGACAGCACCGAGCUUGCUCUGGCCCCGGGUCUGAGCACCCAACUCCUCCGCCGCCAUUUAAGCCUGCACUCAAUAACCAGCUUUGUCAGUAAAGCGGUGAAGGCGGUGGUUAAAACUGUUCCUCAGGUCGUCCAGAAAGUCGAACAGGUUGCACCACCUGUCAUCAGCAAAGCUAUUGCCAAAGCUGCCAGCUUCGCGUCAAACUUGGUCAAGUCUGUGCAGCACGAUAUCAGUACUGUUGAGGCUGUUGGUAAAGCCAUUGUAACGGGGACCUUCCAACAGACAUGGAACUUUCCGGUGAAUCUUGCCCCUCCGGAUAUUUACUUGACUGACUCUCCGUGGGGAGAUGGCUUCAAGUUCUACACUUUCACUGCUGAGGGUGGAGAAAAGUUUAACGCGGAAGCCACAAUCAAAGACGAGUUGAAAGAUUAUUUCAAGUCUAUUAAGGGAGAUGAUAGUCAAGGCCCUGGAGUGGAGCUGUGGUGUGUUAACUGUGGUGUUACCGGUGAUUUUCAACUCACCGGAUCCUUCUCUGCAUCUAUCAAGCAUGGUUUCACCAAGGGUCAGCUGUCUAUGAGUGGCAACCUCUAUGCUGGACUCUUUGUCGGGCUUGAUGCCUUCGCCGAGUGGGAUUUGAGCUCCGAGAAAGAUCUAUUUACCACGGGUCUUCCUGGACUGUCAAUCCCUGAUAUUGUGGCUAUUGGCCCGACCUUGACGCUCGGUAUCUCAUCUGAUCUGGACAUCACCGCUGAAGGACAGUUCCUCCUCGGUGCCUCUCUCACCUGGCCUAGUAUGUCUGUUGUCAUGAAUAUUCUCGACGAAUCUAAGUCAAGUCACAGCGGCUUCACCCCAGUCCUUAACUACACUAUACAGUCGGACGCCACUUUGACUGCCACGGCUACACUUGGCCUGCCUGUGACAAUUGGAAUAGGUCUUGAUGUCCUGGAUGGCCUCUGGGAUAAGGAAGUGAAACUGGUCGAUACCCCCGGUAUUACCGCCACGUUUGAAUAUGAUGACAAUACUAGCUACACUGAUGGCGAGUUAAGCGUCACGCCUGCCAAUGGUUGCUACGGUAUUACGUAUGAUGUGAACAUUAACAAUAACUUGAAGCUUGAUCUGUCUGCGUUGGACGCUGGAACCUGGACUCUUGAGACUUGGACGAGCCCAUCGCUGCUUCAAGGCUGUCUAGGAGAAGCGGUCUUGACGUCCUCAAACACCACAAGUACAGCUACUCCGACGGCGACAAGAACAGCUACUGCGACCGCGUCAAGCACACCCACGGCAUCCCCGUUCUCGCUCCUUUACUUCCUCUACGGUACCUCGGUGGUGACCAACAUCGCACAGACUGACCUAGUGAAUGGACAGUCCAUGCAAAUUGAUACUUCCACUGCGAACCUUCCUUUCUCUUAUCCUUACGGGCCUGGAACUCCAGAGGGUAAUUCCCCCGCGAGUAUUGUCGCGCUCUAUGAAUAUGGCACGACUGAAAGGGUCUUUAUCUCUGCUCCGAACUCCGGAAUCUUCACGAUUCAACCAGGAUCGUCUAGCCAAACAUAUCCAGUGGAGAGCUCUCCAGUACCAAGUGGUUCCCCUAUUCAAAUCGUCGCUGUUGUUUGGGGACUUGGUCUGAUUAACAACCAGACCGUCAACACGCAACUGUACGCCGCGGCUAUGUCUGGGACGAAUUUCACUUGGUCUAACGGGUUUUUUGGAAUUGAUACCUGGCUUGGCACCAAAAAGUCCGGCGUUAUCUUUUAUACUGAUGAAACUGGCACCUUGCAGUAUAUUACUGGCACAGAGGGAACACAGAGCAGCUUCCCUGUUUCCCCUCUCACAAUUGAUCUUUUCAUGAAUGGACCAACGAACCAGACUGCAAGUGCCAAAGCUAUUUUUCCGGUGGGCCAAAACCUUGUGAUCCAAACAAACGACCUGACUGCCCCCUUCUACGACCCUUGGUGGGGAUAUCACAAGAGUUUUGUCCUGCUUUACAAUUACGGUGCCGACGUGCGUCUUUGGAUUGGCGCAGACAAUAUGGGCACGGUCGUCAUCCAACCCGGACCUCUCUCUCUAAAUCCCAACACGUAUGAACUCCCUUCAUAUUCGACACCUUCAACAUCGUCGGUCAAAAUCAUCGCCGUGGUGUGGGGUCUGACCUUGGUCACGGAUCCGAAUAUCAUUCUUUCUCUUUACAGCCUUGCUGCAUCAGGGGCACAGUUCGAGUGGUCAACCACGGUAUUUGGUUAUGGACAACCUACGGCGGGUGGCACUCCUUUGAGCGGUGUCAUCAUUUAUAAGGACGCCAGUGGAAACUUGCAAUACCUCGCGGGAAAAGAGACCAGCUAUGCCAGCCCAAGCUAUGCUUCCUUUCCUAAGAACACAUGUGCCGAGGCCACAUGCUCGUAUUCCAACGAGGUUAUUCAGUGUACUGCAAGCAGUCAGCAGUAUCUGCUCACUUGUGGUCCAAUAGUUGGUGUCAAUCUGAUCGCCGAACUUACCUACAAUACCCCUGCCGAGUGCUUGAACGCAUGCGUUGCUGACUAUGGGUGCACUGGGGUAUCCUACUGGGCUAAUCCUGACACAAACGGGACAAAUUGUUUCCCUUACGGUCCAUACAACUCCAGGCGAGGCGUAGAGUCGUCUUCUGCAUACCGUCGAUCGCAUUUUGAGCCUACGUAUCACUCCAAGCCCGUGAAAGAUUCCUCGUCUGCAUAUCAUCCGCUUUUCAAGUUGCGACGAGACAACAGCACGAGCAUAUCCUCCGCCAACUCGACUUACGCGUCUAACGAUACCAUCACUGACAUCACCAUCACGGAUAUUACAGGUACUCUCCUCCUGAAUCCGACAGUCAAUGGCAGCCUGUUUGUCUCCGUGGCAAAUGAUACAACUGACCUCAGUCCACUAACCAAUGGGACCGCCUUUGUCGCGGACACUACCCUAAACGCGAUCAUUGGGGACGACUCUUCUCGUUUGCUCUACUACUUCCCUCAGACUAUAUCGCAGGUUGGAGCGUCCCGCCUUCGCCUUGGUGCCUGGGGUGAGAUCCCUCAGGGAGCUCAGCUCCUCAACCUGGUCCCGUUUUCUGUAGGCUCAGAUACCAUGUUGGUGGCGAUGGACACGCUAGGGAAUUACUAUUUUCCUUUCGUGUGUGAUCUCCAGGGUCAAUUGAACAAGGUAUUCCUUGUAGGAGACACUGAUAAUGGUGCUGACAUCUUAGAGGGCCCUGAUCUGGUCUACACCGUCACCGGUGGCGUGACAGAGAACUGUACAGCACUGGCUUUAACCGCUCAAGGUUUAACGGCGGUGAUUUCAUAG